AUGGGUACGCCAGCCAGGCAGCAGCAGUCGCAACUUUCCACUUCCGUGAAGGACAAAGCGGCCAAAGCUGCAGCUGCAAAUAGUACAGCUCGCUGGCGUCGUCAGUUUUUUAGACGUUGGACUGGUGCAAUUCGUUCCAAAUGGGCGUGGCUUGCAGUCGCUGCAGUUGCUCUGUACGUGGGCUUAUUCUAUCGCUCGCGAGUGCCUGCCUAUACCUUUGAAAUUAAGAAGGGCCCAGGACUGGACCCUUCAUUCGCUUCUCCCACUCGCUAUUUUCGUCUAGCGGUUCACAACUCUGCUGGCCAGAAGGAGGUCCCCCCCGAUUUCGUCACAGGUCAAAUUCUUCUCAACUGGAGUAUCAUACCCCCAAUUCCUGGACGCUUUGGAAGCCCAGUGGAGUCUGAAGUUCACGACUUGGGACAUGGGGACUAUGUUGUGACUUACAGGGUGAGGGAAGGCGUUCCUAGAGGAUAUGCGCUCCGCUUUAGGGCAAGCUACGCAGACCGGAGUGCAUCCUUUUCGGUUGAAACCGCUGAAAUAUCCAUACCGGGUCCCAUUCACGAGCCAAGCUGCGCUGCUCCCGUGUCUUCGAGUGACUGGGCAAAAGCUAUGGGCUGUCCCCGCGACAUACCUCAAGUGGCAGAGGAUUUUAAAAACUUUCCGACAAUCGACUUGGUCAAAUUGCGCUCAGCUGUUCCCAAGCUCUUAAGCAAAAGUUCAGCAACAUCCUUGUUGCACUACGUAAUCAAGGAUAACCAGCUAUAUAGGAAGGCCUACGGUCCUUUCCCGGCGUUUUCUUACUUUGCUGACUUAAUGUUCAACCAAUUGGCGGCUACCGUUAGGCUGCCUGACGUGGAGUUUGUGCUGAAUGUGGGCGAUUGGCCCCUCGUGGAGAAGAAGUGGGGCGAGAGCAGAGUGCCAGUGUUCUCAUGGUGCGGCUCCACUGACUCAUUUGACAUAGUGUUUCCGCAAUGGGACGUUACACGCUCCACAGUUCUUGGUAAUACUGAAUCAAACCCGGAUCUUAUCGCCUCUCAGGGGUGGGGCCUUCUUCCGUGGGCAUCCAGAGACUCCAGAGCGGCGUUUAGGGGCCGCGACAGCAGCGCCGUCCGCGUAAAACUGGCACAGCUCUCUGCACAGCAUCCUGACCUCCUGGAUGUGGUGAUUACAAGCUGGGAAAACGAUGAAAAUAUCGAAGUUGAAGAGCAGCUGGGUGGAGGCAAGAAGCAUUUCCUCAAGCUCGGGGAGUUUUCUAAGUACAAGUACAUUCUUCAGCUGGAUGGCACAGUUGCUGCGUACAGGAACCCUUACCUUCUUGCCAGUGGUAGCUUGCUGCUGAAGCAAGAAAGUCCCUAUUACGAGUGGUAUCAAAAAGAGCUCAAGCCGUGGCAGCAUUAUGUCCCGUUCGACGGCACUGGCGAAGACUUACUUGUGAAGCUACAGUGGGCAAGGGAGCACGACAGCGAGGCCCAAGGAAUUGCUGCUAAUGCUCGAGAAUAUGCAAGGUCACAUAUGCUGCCUGAACGAGUGCUGUGUUACUACUUCCGGGCGCUGGAGGCCUAUGCUGCAAGACAGAACGGAGUCCCAAAGGUCGCAGAGGACAUGAUGUGGGUCCCGCUAGCUCACCAGCCGAAGUAUAAUACAUGCAACUCUCCGGAUCCGCAAUCUCAACUGGAAGACUAUCCAAUCCUCCCUCUCCAACCGGAUUCGGUUGAAACAGUUCUUCACAAUGCCAGGAAAGAUGCUGUCGUCAUCGUUCACUCUUCAUUUUGCAACAAGAGUGUCCGAGUCUUCCCAACACUCGUGCUUAUGGCGCGAAAAUACAAAGCAGCGGGUGCUAACUUGAUGUUUGCGUCUGCUGAAGUGUUCUCCAAACGCUUCCCGUUAAAGUGGCUCCAGACGACCAACGAGCCAAAACUCUUUUUCUUGAAAUCUGGAUCUGGUGUUCCCCAGCAGCUUGAAGGCCACUUAUCGAUGUCCACAGCCACUGACUUCAUCAACUCGAAAAUUCCUGUGCAGCAUCGCAUUGAGGCUCUACAAGAAAGCCAGCAAACUGUUUCUGACCCCAUUCCGGCGAAAAAUGAUGGGCCUGUGAAACAGGUAGUCGCCGACAAUUUUGAGCAGCUUGUACUGAAUUCAAACAAGGAUGUGCUCCUUAUGGUGUCUGCCCCAUGGUGUGGCUACUGUAAAGCCAUAAAGCCAGCAUACUUCCGUUUCGCUCGUUCGGUUGCUGCGGAUCCCGCGGCGGCCGCAGUGUUGGACGUUGCAAAAAUGAACGGACCCACAAACGAGAUCCAACAUGAGGGAUUCGACAUCAAGGGAUACCCAACAAUUUGGUUUAUCCGAAAGAAUGAAAAGAAGCCGAUGAUAUUUUCUGGCUCGAAGACAGAUGAAGGUUUUGCAGCAUUUGUAAAGCAAUACGCCACGACACCUGCCGAGCUCAGUGGGCUUCGAAUAUUAAAAAACGAGAAGCACGAGUCAGUUAAAACCUCAGGCCGCAGUGUAUCGGACAAGCUAAAUAUACCAGUUCUUCAAAUUGACGCCGACAGCUUUCACACAGAAGUGCUCGCAAGCAACAAGGACGUGCUCUUGAUGGUUUAUGCCCCAUGGUGUGGACACUGCAAGAAGCUUGAUCCUGUUUACGAAGAAUUUGGAAAGCUGGCAUCUGAGUCAAAGUCGGCUAGCCAGGCGCUCGUGGUUGCCAAGAUGGACGGAACGGAGAACAAGUUGCCGGAUGAAAAGUACAAGGUCACAGGCUUUCCAACAGUUUGGUUUUUCAAGAACGGUUCAGAUACUCCCAUUAAGUUUAUGGGAGAACGAACCAUUCAGGGUCUUGCUUCAUUUGUCCAGCAACAAUCAACAAUGAAAUUGGAGAUGGACGUUCCUGUUGCGAGCGCUCCAGAGGCUACAUCACAGCCAGUGCCUGCA